AUGUCCAUCAACGAGGUCAUUCUGUCGGCGUCGGGGGCCUGUAAACUCAUCAACUCGCUGCACUCCUACUGCUUCUCCUCCCGACAGAACAAGAGCCAGGUGUGCUGCCUGCGGGAGCAGGUGGAGAAGAAAAACGGCGAGCUGAAGACCCUGCGGCAGAGGGUCAGCCGCUCCGACAGCCAGGUGCGCAAGCUGCAGGAGAAGCUGGACGAGCUGAGUAGAGUGAGCUUCCCCUACCUGAGCAGCCUACUGCCCUUCAGCCGCGAGCCCCCCACGAUGAACCCCAUGGUGGAGCCCCUGUCCUGGAUGCUGGGUACCUGGCUGUCAGACCCACCAGGAUCCGGGACCUUCCCGACGCUGCAGCCUUUCCAGUACCUGGAGGAGGUGUACAUCUCCCAUGUGGGUCAGCCUGUGCUCAACUUCUCGUUCAACGCCUUCCACCCGGACACACGCAAACCCAUGCACAGGGAGUGUGGUUUCAUCCGCCUCAAGCCCGACACUAACAAGGUGACCUUCGUCAGCGCCCAGAACACAGGCAUCGUGGAGGUAGAAGAGGGCAAGGUGAAUGGGCAGGAGCUGAGCAUCACGUCCCACUCCAUCGCCAGGAUUUCCUUUGCCAAGGAGCCCCACGUGGAGCAGAUCACCCGAAAAUUCAGGCUGAAUUCUGAAGGCAAACUUGAACAGACAGUCUCCAUGGCGACCAUUACCCAGCCCAUGACUCAGCAUCUUCACAUCACCUACAAGAAGGUGACCCCGUGACCCCGAGUGUGUGUCGUGACCCUUCUUCGGCUUCUCCGUAGACACUCGCAGCAGGUGCGGGUGUGGCCACAGGCCUCGUGGGUUCCAGAGUAUUGCCACGGGUUCCUGUAACAGCGUAGAAAAACCAAAUAAAAGGCCUUUAUUUUUA